AUGUAUGGGGCGGCAGCGGCAGAAGAAAACGGUGACGACUUGCAGGUGGACGGCGGUGGUGGAGAAAUGCGGAGAUGGCGGAGUAAGGUUAGGACGGUGCAGGGGAAGAAGAUGGCAAGCCACUGCAAAUUUUGGCUCCCCAAGAAGAAGAGAUUCUGUGCAAACACCACUCUGCACAAUUCCUCAUUCUGCGGAAACCACACCCAGAGGCUCGACGCUCGCUGGGUCCCGUGCCCAAUCGACCCCUCUCACUCUGUGCUUGAGGAAAAUCUUGAGAGCCACUUGAAUCGAUGCCCAUUGAUGAAAAGAGAGCUGUCUCUCUCGUGUCAACCUUUCUACCAAAGGGGCAUUAAUGCUGGACCAGGAGAUGAUGAGGAAAAUGAAGGAGAAGAAGAAGAAAUGGUUACCACAUUCACUUCGGAGAUGAAAAGAAAUGCGGUGUAUAACAUGACCGUGUCGGGUUUCUCCGAGUUAAUUGCUAAGAUCAAGUUGGUUCAUGCAUCCAUAUGCAAUGACAUUCAAGAGUCUUACAAGAUUCCGGAAGCUUGUAGAAUUUGGACUAAUAGAGAAGUUGACAAGAAACUGCCUUAUCAGGAGAAGCACGUUUUACAACAGGCAUCAAUUCUAGGGAAUUUAGAAGAGUUUAGGGUUUUAAAGAAAUCUUCUUCGAGUCCUAGUGGGACAGGUGAGUGUUGUGAUUCAAAUAAUGAACUGGAGAGUAAUGCCGAUCAUUCUGCAGUGAUCGAAUUUGGUGCUGGAAGAGGAUAUUUGACACAGAUGCUUGCGGAUUGUUAUGCAAUAAAAAAGGCUGACCGGAGUUUGCGACAGAAAGAGAGCUUAGUAUUGGAGAGACUGAGAAUUGACAUUGAGGAUUUGGAUUUGAAUGCUGUAGAAUCACUAAAAGGAGUAGGCUACACGGCAAUUGGCAAACACCUCUGCGGGCCUGCAACAGAUGUGACCUUAAGAUGCUGCAUUCGCCAAAACUCAAACAAAAACUCCGAUUCUCAGUCGCCAGCAACUUGUUACAUGAGAGGCCUAGCCAUUGCAACAUGCUGCCAUCAUCUCUGCCAAUGGAGACACUACAUAAAUAAGAAAUAUAUAUUGGAUUUGGGUUUCAGCAAACAGGAUUUCCAUGCGAUUUCAUGGUUCACGAGCUGGGCUGUGGAUGCAGAUCAUAGUUCAGAUUUUCGUGUUGCAGAUUUCCCUACUCAACUCCAGAUCUCGAAUGAGAAGAAAACGUUGUGCCCCGACUCAGAAUUAGUGGGAGUGGGAGAUGUAGUGAGAAAUAUGGAGGCAAUUGAACGUGCUGUGUUGGGGUAUAUGUGCAAGGACAUUAUUGAUGCUGGGAGGCUGAUGUGGGCCAAGUCACGAGGACUCCAAUCCGAGCUCGUCAAUUAUGUUCCUAUUAGCAUUUCUCCCGAGAACCGCCUCUUACUUGCCAGGAAUAAACGACCUAUGGUUUGGCUUCAGAAACUAUCCACUUGAUGGUCAAACGACUAAUAUACAAAUUUUUUGAUUGUGCAAUUAUCGGCCUAAAAUUAUUAACACAUGAGUGCAAUUCAACUGAUUAUUGCACGUAGGAGGUAACAAAAUGCGCCAACAAGAGAUCCUUGGAGAUAAUGCGCUUGUACAGAGGUACUAAUUGAUCGAAAGGGGAAAGAGCUGUGUGAAACAAAGCUACGUACAUAGUGAGUAAAUUGUCAAUUCAAUUCAAAAAUAGAUUAAUGCAGUGAAAAAAAAUUAUUGGGAUACAUAUAUUACAAAUCCAAGAAAAGAAAAAAUAAUAAUCCAAACAGCAAAAAUUAUUUAGCAUAUAAUGAUAUGCAUGUACAUAUUAAUUUUGGAACUGUGGUUUGGCUUGCCAAAGGAUCCUGAGCAUUUCGUUGUAGUUAAUAAAGAGAUCAAGCUCCGGCACAUCAUUGACUGUAUUUGUGCAAGAAGCAAAAUGGUCGAACGCCAAAUAUACAUCAACGGCUUUGUAGGGAUCAUUAACGUUGACCAAGUCAAGGCAGAGGUUGAGGUAGUGGACGUAGGCAUCGAACGCACGGGAGCAAGUCGAGUUUCUCGAUUCCUUGGUGAUGUUGUAAUAUUUAUUUAAUUCUUGGCCGGCUACAUUAGCGAGGGCUACGGGCUUGGUGUUAUUUGCUAUUUGUAUGACGGCAUUGAAUGCGUUGGUCAUGGCCUCCUCCCACGUCUUUGCAUCCUUCACCCACUCCUUGCAUUCGGCUCGGAAGUCCCCCGCCGGCGAAGUUUCGCCUACGCAGAAAGGGCUGAUAUUUGAGCUACUAUUGCAGAGAGGUAGUAGCAACAUCAUCAUCAAGUACAUCAUCAUCAUCAUUUGUUUUGAAUCCAUCUUGACUAAUUAAUUAAAUCCUCUUCUUAUUAUUAUUCUUUUUUUUUUUUAGCUAGCUAGAGGAGACGAAUUCAUCUUAAAAUAGGAUAUGU